AUUGAAGCUAGGAGAACGACAUGGCGCCCCAUGAGUUGCAGCUAUUUAUCGCAGCCUUCACCUCCUUGCAAGUUCCAUUCUUUCAUCUCGCUUCACCUCAUCGCCAUUGCCAUCCAAAGCAAAGAAGAGAGCCACCCUGCAGACACAGUACGCACACGCAGAGAGAGAGAGAGAGAGAGAGAGAGCAAGGGAUGAGGCUUCUCGGAGCUCAUCGUGCUGCUCUGCUGGUGCUCGCGUGCGUCGUCGUCGUCGUCAUCCAUGGCCUAGGAGAGGCGGAGGCCUUGGGAGGAGGGGGCGGCUUCGUGAGGGCGCAGGGGACACGGUUCGUGCUCGACGGCAACCCGUACUACGCCAACGGGUUCAACGCCUACUGGCUCAUGUUGCUGGCCGCCGACCCGUCGCAGAGGGGCAAGGUCAGCGCCGCGCUCGGCGAGGCCGCCGGGCACGGCCUCACCGUCGCCAGGACGUGGGCGUUCAGCGACGGCGGCGGCGGCAACGCGCUGCAGUUGUCCCCCGGCAACUACAACGAGAACACCUUCAAGGGUUUGGAUUUUGUGCUGUCUGAGGCUAGGAAGUAUGGGAUCAAGGUGAUACUGAGCCUUGUGGACAACUACGACUCUUUUGGCGGGAGGAAGCAGUAUGUGAACUGGGCAAGAGCGCAGGGGCAGGGCAUUGGGUCCGACGAUGAGUUCUUCACCAACCCUGUUGUUAAGGGCUUCUACAAGAACCACGUGAAGACGGUGUUGACGAGGAAGAACACGAUCACGGGGGUGGCGUACAGGGACGACCCGACCAUCCUGGCGUGGGAGCUGAUGAACGAGCCGAGGUGCCAGUCCGACCUGUCCGGCCGCACCGUCCAGUCGUGGAUCACCGAGAUGGCGGCGCACGUCAAGUCCAUCGACCGCAACCACAUGCUGGAGGUCGGCCUCGAGGGCUUCUACGGCGCCUCCUCGCCGUCCCGCAUCGCCGCCGUCAACCCCUCCGGCUACCAGCUCGGCACCGACUUCAUCGCCAACAACCAGGUCCCCGGCAUCGACUUCGCCACCGUCCACUCCUACCCCGACCAAUGGUUGUCGGGCAAGGACGACCAGGCGCAGCUGGGGUUCAUGGGGAGGUGGCUGGACGCGCACAUCGCGGACGCGCAGGCGGUGCUGAGGAAGCCGCUGCUGAUCGCAGAGUUCGGCAAGUCGUGGAAGGACCCGGGCUACAGCAGCGGGCAGCGGGACGCGCUCUACGGCACGGUGUACGCCAAGAUCUACGAGUCGGCGCGGAGGGGCGGCGCCACGGUGGGGGGCCUCUUCUGGCAGCUCCUGGUGCCCGGCAUGGACUCGUACCGCGACGGCUACGAGGUCGUCUUCGGUGAGACGCCGUCCACCACGGGCGUCAUCACCACGAACAGCCGGCGGCUGCGCUUCCUCAGCAAGGCGUUCGCGCGGGCCAGGCAGGCCCAGCCGGCGAGGGGGAAGGGCCGACACAACGGCGGGAAAUAGAGAUUGACCGCUGAUUAGGCCCAGAAAGUGGUAGUAAAAGAAAGAAAGGCUUGGUUUGAUUUGUGUGUUUUACUUCAUGUGUGGGAGGUACGUGAGUGUGAGUUGAUGGCUCCUCGAGAUGAUUUAAGAUUCAUCCGGGAGAGAAGGAUUAGUAUUUGUCAUCCUUCUUGGUGCCUUGGGAGGACGUGUGUUUUUAGGUGUUCUUAAUUAUGUGGACCACGAAGUAGCCACUCUGUGGUGAAGUUUUAUGGUACCUGGCUAUGGAAGAAGCCAGCCAGUGAUUACAAAUUACUUACGUACUUCACACUAGUAUAAUACUCCUAUAUGAAUGAUGUUUUGCUGUCA